GAGGCCACGUCUUGCGCGCUUCCCCCUCGAAUCCUCGAGAAUCACAUACCCGACAAUGCAUACGCGUUGCUGUUGUGUCUGAGCCUAUAACCAAAUCAGAAGCCAAAUAUCGUCUCUGGCACAACUCUUCAUCGGACGCGAAAUGGCUCAAGCAUCUUUCUGGGAUGAGAUACGCAAGAUUCCUCCAGUGACACGCUUCCUCUGCGGCUCGACGCUGGCCGUCUCUCUGCCAGUUAUGCUUCAGAUAGUGUCGCCAUACACUGUCAUCUUUGUCAAGCCGCUGGUCAUGAAGCGUUUGCAGGUAUGGCGUGUCUUCACGAGUUUCUUCCUUGGGAGUUCGGGGAUCAACUUCAUCUUUGACCUCGCAAUGCUUUACCGGAAUUCUGAUGCGCUAGAAUCCACUCAUUUCCCCGGACGCUCUGCGGAUUACGCCUGGCAAUUACUGCUGACAGCCUGUGGCAUUCUGGCGCUCAACAUCCCUCUCGGCUCUUUCGUCCACACCCGCCCUCUCCUGCUCGCCCUCACCUACCUCGGCUCAGCGCUGGCACCCCCGGGCGCCCAGACGUCCUUCUUCGGACUGAUCACCUUCCCGAUUCAAUAUCUCCCAUACGCCCUAGCGGCCCUCGACCUCAUCAUGGGAGGCCCCGCCGCAGCCGCGCAGAGUGUCACAGGUCUGGUUGCGGGGCACGCUUGGUGGUACCUCAUUUUCGGAGGCGGGGCUGGUCCCAGCACGAGGAGUCUUGGGAGCGCGCCGGGAUGGUUGAAGAAGCUGUUGGGUCAGAGGGAUGGAGUUGCUACGCGCUUGGCCGGUACGACGGGGGGUGGGGUGCACGUCAUACCGCCUAGAACGAGGCAACCGGUCCAGGAGACGGGUGGGCAUAGGUGGGGUGCCGGCCAUAGGCUCGGAGAGUGAUGAAGUUGUACGCAAAUAUCUCUUGUAUUUACUGCUAUCCUUGCGUCGUUAUGAUAAGCAUGAUCCUGACGCGACGUGCUAAUGUCCUUCCAAUCGGUGGACGUAAUGAGACCGGCGACAACUGACGCCGUCA